CGUGAGGAUACUUGGCUCAGAAAAUAAUUGCUAUACUACAAGCCUAGAACUCCAAACUAAUCUAUGAAUAAGAGGGCGUAUCAAAGAUUUUCUAAAAAUACGUCUAUGUGAGGAUAAUAGGAAAGAAAAGUACAUGUAUUCCAAAUUUCGUCAAUUUAGAGAAUUGUACACAGUUUUAUUUUCGGCCCUGGUCUCCGUAGCAGCGUUUCAAUCCCGUUGCAAGAUGGCUGCCACACUAGCACCAUCGAAGAAGAAACAGGCGGAAGUUGAAGUUUCCAAAGGGCGACGAGAGGCAAUGAAAAGGUGAAGAGUCUAAAAGAACAAUGGCGUCGUACGAAGAGAAAGUUUGUCCAGCAAGUGAGGAGAACGCGCUACAAUCACAACAACCGGACGCCAUUUUCUUCCUUACUCCGAUUGUCCUGCACGUUAAAGACAUCCGACAGCUGCUGUCUGAGAACUCCAAUUCAAAGCUUCCACAGCCCGCCAAUAUCAAAGAGGAAGAGGAGGAGCUAAUAGCCCCUCAAAUUAAAGAAGAAGUGGAUCCACAAUCCCCCCAAGUCAGAGAGGAAAAAGAGGAGCCUCUAUCCCACAGUCUUAAAGAAGAAGAAGAGGAUUCACAGCCCCGCCACUUUAAAGAUGAAGAGGAGGAGAUUGAUAUUAGCCAUUUGCCACUGAACAUCAUCGUGGUGAAGAGUGAAAACAAAGACAAAGCACCCGACUGGUCACAGCUUCAUCAUGACAGUCUAAGUGGAGGACCCUCACCAGACAACCUCUUAGCGCCACCGCCAAACAGCGGCAACAUAGAAGAUACAAGCGAUCCAGACUGUGAUGGUGAUGACAAAGACUUGGAAAAGAAAACAAGUAAUGGACGUUGUAGAUGCUCACUUUGUGGCAAACGUUUUUCUUACGAGUGCAUUUUGAUUCGACACAUGCGUAAGCACACGGGAGAAAAACCCUUCAGUUGCGCAGUUUGCGCUAAAAGAUUUACUCAAAAGGUACAUUUGGAAUCACACACGAGGACACACACAGGAGAAAAACCCUUUAGUUGCCCAGUUUGCGGUAGACGUUUUGCUCAAAAAGGAUCAAUGAUUAGACACAUGACGACACACACAGGACAACCUCCCGAUAACAUUUUGGGUCCUUUAUCACAGAAUGACUACCUGGGAGAACCUUUGAAGAGUGACACAGACUGUGUAAAUGCACCGCUGAGAACACACACAGGAGAAAAAGCCUUUAGCUGUUCAGUGUGUGGCGAUAGGUUUCAUCACAAUGUCGCUUUGAUUGCGCACACGGCAGCACACAUGGGAGAAAAACCUUACACAUGCUCAGUUUGUGCUAAAAGCUUUUCUCGUCGUCACCAUUUGAAAGAACACGUGUGGACACACCGGGAAGAAAAGCGCUUCAGUUGCUCGGUUUGCGGCGAAGGCUUCAGAUACAAACACAAUUUGACACCGCACAUGAGAACGCACACAGGAGAAAAACCCUACGCUUGCUCUGUGUGCGAUGAGCGCUUCUCCCAUAAAUUCAACAUGACAAGACACAUGGCUACGCACACAAAAGAAAAACCUUUCAGUUGUUCAGUUUGCGGAAGCAAGUUUGCUCACAAGAUCACUUUGAUUUUACACACAGCCACACAUCUGCAGAAACACAACGCAGAAUAAAGGUGGGGACCCUUUUUUCAGCAUUUUCCAUUAUUCUGUGAGGACUUCAUGAAACUGAUGAAAAUUUUACCAUUAUAAUAAUGUAAUAUUUGUGGAUUGCAUAAUUGUUUGGGGAUUUUUAUAACACGUCACGUGAGGCUUUACUUUCUGUUUUAAAAUUUAAUCAAACAGACAAAUAUCUCUAUACAGGACAGGUUAUAAAACAAUAGGAAGAUAAAAAUAAAAUACAAAAUAAACAAAUAUAAGGAAGCAGUAGAUUUUGUCUUUUGAUCCAAUGUACAUGCCCAAUACGAGUUGGAAGAAGUAAAAAGUACUUAUUGGGUGCUACCCCUAUUCCAGUACACUAUAGAACAGUUUUGACUUAGAUGACAAUUAUGGAAUAUGGAGUUAUUCAUAUACAGUAAUAGUAUAUUUUACUCAAGGUAUGCAGUUAAGUCCAUGUAAGGUAAUCACAAGUCAAGUAAACAUUUUCAAGUACUCUAUCAUUUUUUUUUUCUGUUGUUUUUGCCUAAUUUGUGUGCGUGCGUAUGUAUAUUAAUCACUCUUGUUUGAAACAUUUUUAAACAGUUGGGGCUAUGUGUAUUAAAUUCAAAAGCAUCCAUCCAUUUUUUGAGCUGCUUAUCCUUACAAGGGUUGCGAGAGACCUGGAGCCAGUCCUCGCCGUCAUUGGGCUGAAGGCAGGGUACACCCUUAACUGGUUGCCAGCCAAUCGCAGGGCACAUCAAGACAGACAACAGUGGAACCUACAAUCACACCUAGGGGCAAUUUAGAGUCUCCAAUUAAUGCAUGUUUUUGAGUCGUAGGAGGAAACCGAAGUGCCCAGAGGAAAACCCACAAAAGCACGAGAACAUGCAAACUCCACACAGGCAGGGCUGGGAUUUGAACCCCAGUUCUCAGAACUGUGAGGCCAAUGCUCUACAGCUGCGACACUGUGGAGCCCAAUUUAAAAGAAAAAAAAAUGCCAUAAAUUAACUCCUCUAACAGAGGACACUUCUAUUUUAUGCUUCUUAGAUUUUUUUUUUUAUAUUUAAAUACACCUGUUUCCCUAGGAUUGUAACCACUCUAAUUUCGAACAAUUUAUCAGGACUAUGGCCAAGUACAUUACUUGUGCUGUUUUGAAUUUAACUUAUUUUCCUUUCAGCUUGUCCCGUGAGGGGUUGCCACGGCGUGCCAUCUUUUUCCAUCUUAGCCUAUCUCCUCCAUCUUCCUCUUUAACACCAAAUGCCCUCAUGUCUUUCCUCACAACAUCCAUCAACCUUCUUUGUCUUCCUCUCGCUAUUUUGCCUGGCAGCUCCAUCCUCAGCACCCUUGUACCAAUAUACUCACUCUCUCGCCUUUGGACAUGUCUAAAACAUCGAAGUCUGUUCUCUCGAACCUUGUCUCCAAAACAUUUAACUUUGGCUGUCUCUCUAAUGAGCUAAUUUCUGGUCUUAUCCAACCCGUUCACUCCUACAGAGAACUCCUUCAUUUCUGUCACCUCCAGCUCUCCUUUCUGUUGUCUCUUCAGUGCCACUGUCUCCAAUCCGUACAUCAUGGCCGGCCUCAUCACUGUUUUAUAAACUUUGCCCUUCAACCGAGCAGAGACUCUUCUGUCACAUAACACACCAAACACCUUGUGCCAGCUGUUCCAACCUGCUUGGACCCAUUUCUUCACUUCCUUACCACACUCAACCAUUGCUCUGGAUUGUUGACCCUAAAUAUUUGAAGUCCUCCACUCUCUAUCUCUUCUCUCUGUCGCCUCACUCUUCCCCAUCCACCCCUCUCAUUCACGCACAUAUAUUCUGUUUUACUUUGGCUAAUCUUUAUUUUUCUCCUUUCCACUGCAAGUCUCCACCUUUCUAAUUGUUCCUCCACCUGCUCCCUACUAUCACUGCAUACCACGAUAUCAUCUGAAAACACCAUAGUCCAAGGGGAUUCCAGUCUAACCUCAUCUGUCAACCCAUCCAUUACCACAGCAAACAGGAAGGGGCUCAGAGCUUAUCCCUGAUGCUGUCCCGUCACCUUAAAUUCUUCUCCCACACCUACAGGACAUUUCAUCGCUGUUCUGCUGCCCUCAUACAUGUCUCAUACUAUUCUAACAUACGGUACUUCUCUGCCACACCACUUGGUGGUACUUGGUACUCUAUCAUAGACUUUCUCUAGAUCCACAACGACACAAUGUAGCUCCUCCUGACAUUCUCUGUACUUUUCCAUUAGUAUCACUGUUUUGAAUUGAACUAAUUUGUAAAAAUUAAUUUUAGAAAUUCCAUUUGACUGUCCUCAGUCACAGAUAACAUGAGUAAGGGACAUUCUUAAUGUUUGUUUUUGUUUUCAAAGGGAAAAGUGUGUUGAUUUUUAAUUUAUCAGUUGUACCAUCUCGUAAACACCUGUUUAGUUUCAAUAAAACACGUUAAGUGUGUAUGUCA